GGCGUCUCCUGUCUCGUCUUUGCCGAAGCGGCACGAAAGGUGAUAUCUGGCGGAUUCGACAAUCAGCUCCUUGUCUGGAAUCCCUAUACGGGGAAUAGUAGGGCCGUCGCGGACAAAAGGCAUCACACAUCUGCAAUCGUAGAUGUUGUACUGGUGACACCACGCCAAUUCCUCUCUGCAGACCAAGGAGGAGCAGUGAAGACAUGGGAUUUGUUUAGUUUCACCUGUCUACAAUCCUGGACUAUUGGGGGAGACUUGUUUCCUGUUAGUAGUGUUUGUUCCCUCCCCGAGAAUCGUCGCGUAAUUGUCGCCGCCAGCCGUUUUUACGCCUACGACUAUGAGCAGAGCCUCGCAGCAGAGCAAACGGAUGAGUGGCCGCUUUGCAGAGCAGUCUACAGUCCUGGAGGCCAUAUUCUUACCGGCGCGGGACCCUGUGUUCGCAUUUGGAAUGCAGAGCGGGGAACCUUGUUGGAGAGGACGCUGCGUCUACCAGCGCGAGGCGGCUUCGUGCGCGAUUUAGUUUCUCAAGAAACUAACUCUUCAGAUGCAACAAGUUCUAUCUUUUCACGUUAUUUGCCGAGUAAGCGAGAACGACCAGAGCAUGAAUCUGCGGGAGAACGAACUACCUCAGAAGGACGAGGGACCUCAGAACGACCAGUCGAGAAUAGCAGUAACAACGUUCAUCUAGAUGAAGACCGACAUCAAGCCGAUGACUCAACUUCAAGAUCAACAAGAACUACAGCUAGUACAGCCUAUCAAGAACGCCUUCAAACGCGUCAUUUUGGAGCUGAUGAUAGCAUUAUAUCGGAUUUCUGCGUUGAUACAUUCGCUCGCCGCGUCUACGUUGCGGAUCAGGUGGGAAGGAUACUACGGCUUUUUUAAGAAUGUGAUAAAAACGAACUUUUGAAAGACGAGAUGGGAGUGUGUGUACAUAUGGUCAUCAUUGUCGUCCGAAAAAGAAUCAUUGUGCUCAUAUUCUGAAUUGAUUAAGUAUACCUUUUUCAGCUACUUACUUCUUCUAGCACCUUCCCCUUCUAAGUCGAGGAGUCUUCAAUGCCCUUACCG